UCCACAAUGUCCUCCAAUCGGCGAGCGGUGCUGCCAGCAAUUUCGUCCGGCUCGGGUAGCCAGUGCCAUGUGGGGAAGUGUCUGUAAACAGCCUCUGUCACUGUAAGCUGAAACGUUUCGGAGCGUUGUGGCCGACAAUGAGUCUUUUACCUCGGACUGCAGAUGAGUUCAGCUCCGCAGAGUACUGGGAGCGGUUCUUUAAGAAGCGCGGAGAGAAGUCUUUUGAGUGGUAUGGAGACUACAACAAACUGUGCGGCGUGCUGCAUAAAUACAUCAAAGUCCAACACAAGGUGCUGGUGGUUGGUUGUGGUAACUCAGAGCUGAGUGAACAGCUGUAUGAUGUCGGCUACAAACAUCUAACUAAUAUCGACAUAAGUGAGACAGUGGUGACCCAUAUGAACCAGCGAAACGCUGAGCGUCGGCCAGGCCUGACCUUUCAGCAGGUGGAUGCCACACAAACUCCAUAUGAGGAUGCCAGCUAUCAGGCUGCCCUGGAUAAGGGCACGUUGGAUGCCAUGGCGUCAGAAGAAGAGGGAGCACUGGCCAGGAACAUGCUCACCGAGGUGGGCCGCGUGUUAAGUGUUGGUGGCCGGUAUGUCUGUGUGACGUUGGCUCAAGAGAGUGUGAUCAAGUUGGCUGUGGAGCACUUUGUGGAGCAGGGCUGGGCGGUCAGGCUCCACUGCCUGCAGGAGGAAAGUGGGAAAGAAGAGGACUCCUUUGCGCUGCCUGUCUUUGUCCUGGUCUGCACCAAGUUUCGUCAGCCGAUGCCCACGCCUAUUCUAGAGAUGUGUCUCGGGGAAGAUGGAGCCCCUACCCGUCUCACACAGGUAGCAGAUUUGUUGUCGUCUGUGAGGGAGUAUCAGGCUUACUCUGUCUUGAAAAAGAGGCUUCGUACGAGCACGGACGCCAGCUCGAACCUCUCACUCACUCUCUGCCACGCCAAGACAGGCCUUCCCAGAUACACCCUCACAGUGCAAGACAGUCCCCCAGGUGCCAAGGUGCCAAGAUCAAACCCCUUUGCUAUUUUUAUUGUGCCACAAGGCAGUGAGACAGCUUGGCUCUACAGCUCCAGUGAAGGUCGAAGGCAGCUGGCAGCCAGCGCUAAUUUUCGGCGCUUGGUUAUUGUGACAAUGCACAGAAAUCAGCAGUAUACAGACAUGCAGGCUGUCCAGUCAGAACUUUCCCCAAUGGUAAUGGACCUAGCUCCGCCGGGUAUUCCAGCCAACCAGCAGGUGCCGUUUCUGUCAGUUGGAGGUGACAUGGGUUGGAGAGAGGAGGUGAGCAGGGGUGUGAGUGAGCUGAGUGGGGAGUACUGUGUGGAAAACGUCAAAGGAGAAGACGGAGAACUGUACCGGAGACUCAUUUUCCUGUCUAAUGCUGCCCUCGUCCAAUCAGAGAGCCGUCUUGUCUCUUCAAAUACUGCAUCCAGUCACAAGAAGAAAAACAAAAAGAAGAUCAAGCCAACAGCUGCACCAACUUCAUCCUCGGCCUCUCUGUCUGUGGACAGUGGCUUUCUGUGCUGCGCUCACCAUGAAGUGAUGGCGGCCGGCCUUGCAAUGCUUGGGGUGGGCACACCACAGAACAAAGAUGUCCCAGUGUCGGUGCUCUUGGUCGGGCUUGGCGGAGGAGGCCUGCCUCAGUUUUUACGAGACUUCGUACCCAAUGUUACUGUUGAGGUCGUAGAGCUGGACCCUGUUGUGAUGGAGGUGGCAAAGGAAUGGUUCGGGUUCCGACCAGAUGAUGGCUUGACUGUCACUCUUGGGGACGGCCUUGAGCGCAUCUGUGCUCUGGAGAAAGAAGGUGGUCGUUUGUUUGAUGCCAUCAUGUUCGAUGUAGACAAUAAAGACAGUUCUCUGGGCAUGAGCUGUCCUCCUGCUGCCUUUGUGGAAACCCAGAUCCUGCAGAAAGUCUCCAGCCUGCUAACCCCCAGAGGUGUGUUUAUACUGAACCUUGCAUGUCGCAACCCGGCCAUGAGAAAAAGCACGUUGGAGCGUGUGAGCGCCGUGUUUCCCACCAUCCUCUCCAAAAAGAUUGAAGAGGAGAUCAACGAAAUCCUUCUGUGCUCUCGUGGUGAAAAUGAGACACAGAGCGCUGCUCACAUCCUUCAGUUCCUGAACCAAGGAGCCAAGAGUCUGCAGGGUGCACUGUGCUCCAGCAGGACAGGGACCAGCAGCAGCCCACAUAUAGACAUUGCAGAGUUGUUGAAAGAUUUGAAAGUCGAGUGAAGUUUGUUUGUGACGGGGAGGGGUUUGAAUUAAGGGUGGUUUCACUUUGCUGUUCAGUUCAAUGUAUAAAAUGUACAAUCACAAGUAAAGAACAUUUUAUCUCCACGUCAUAAUGUGGUGCUUAGUCCUCUUACAUUUGUCAACUUUAUGUCUCCAUUAAAUGUUGCUUUCAAUUUCUGUA